UCCCGGCGUGUUCGGGAGAGCGCAGCAGCGGCGGUCGCCUCCCGCUGUCUAGUCGUCAGUCGCGCCGGCGACGCGUUCUCUCCCGGUGAGGCCGCGCCAGUGGUGCCCUGCGAGCAACGCCGCUGCAGCGUCGGGCGCUGAACGACCGUCUUGUUCUUCGCUCGAGCAGACGACGGCGAUGCCGGCGGCCUGUCGGAAGCUCAUAGGACGACGAGGUUGCUAUUCGUGCUGCCAUGGCCGCUGGUCUUUGGUCUCGUAGUGUAGCGUCGGGGCCGACGUGCCGCGAUGGCCCUGGACCGGUCACCGUCGCGCCGAGGCGGCAGCGUGGUGCGGCGGCAGCGAAGGCUGGCCGCGUCGCCGCCGUCAUCCGAGGGAAGCAAGUGCCGCUCGUGCUGCCGCAAGUUCGCCGCAUUCCUCUUCUCGCACGUGGGUUUGUGCGCGCUCGUGGUCGGCUACAGUGUGCUCGGUGCGUUCGCCUUCCGCGCCCUCGAAGGGCCCUACGAGGUGCGCAAGGCGAGCCAAGUGCGCGCCCUGCGCGAGCAGACCGUUAGCCGGCUGUGGGACGUGACGGCGGCACUCAACGUGCUCUACAAGGACAACUGGACCGCAGCCGUCAACGAGCACAUCCGCGAGUUUCAGCUCAGGCUGGUGGCCGCCGUCAAGGACGGCUACGAUGGCAAGGAGUCUGGCCGCGAGCAGCAGUGGUCUUUCUCCGGGGCCUUCCUCUACUCGCUUACCGUCAUCACCACCAUAGGAUACGGGAACAUCGCUCCCAAAACCAACUGGGGCAAGAUUGUGACCAUCUUGUACGCCAUCGUAGGCAUCCCUCUGAUGCUUCUGUACCUGACCAAUAUCGGCGACAUCCUGGCCAAGGCGUUCAAGUACGUGUACCGGCGCCUGUGCAGCUGCGACCACCGCGGGGCCGACUCGUCCAGCCGCCGCGCGCAGGCGGCCUCGUACUACGGAUCCUCGACGAGGAGAGCAGCGGGGGGUGCCCACUGCCGCGUCAACCAUAUCGCACUUGAGGACGGUCUGCUCACGGGAGAGGCCAUCAAUGGAUUCGCGGCCCCGGACCGCAUCGGACAGGACGCCAAGCUCGACGCUUACGUGGACCCUUUCCUAGAUGACUUGGAGGAGCGGCCGCGGGUGACGGUGCCCAUCCUGCUGUGCAUGACCAUCAUCGGCGGCUACAUCUGUGGCGGAGCAGUGCUCUUCUCUGUGUGGGAAGAAUGGAACUACCUUGACGGCUCGUACUUCUGUUUCGUUACACUGAGCACCAUCGGCUUCGGCGACCUGGUGCCAGGGGACACGGUCGUCUCGGACAGCGGCUCCCAGGAGAAGCUCGUCAUCUGCUCGCUGUACCUGCUUGUGGGACUUGCGCUGAUCGCCAUGUGCUUCAACCUCGUGCAAGAGGAAGUGGUGCACAAACUGCGCGCCCUGGGCCGCCGCCUCGGCGUGGUGAGCGACUCUGACGUCGAUUCGGACUCGGAAUGACGUCGGCGCCGUAGCCACUGCCGACGUCGUGGUCUCGCAGGUGUAGUGCAGUACGUCGAGGUGCCCCUGAGCACGCUUAUGAGGACGCGCGUGAGGAGAGUGCGGGCGAGGUCCCGCUGCGCUCCCCAGGUGGCCGAAGAAGAACCGGAGGGUCAGCAGGCGGCGGCCUCGUCGUCUGACGCGACUGGUGGGGGAGACUGACGACCAGCGAGCGGCGCACUCACCUACGACUCUCUCGGCACUGUGCACAAAGUAGCGAGUGUCUUAAGGAGUACGGCCGCCCAUUUGCACGCUUCACUGCUCGUGUGCUCUUACCCGCUCCGUCGCGGCUUGUGGAAGGAGGCGCGAGGAACCGUUCCCGAAGUUUUGAGAGCCUCGAAGUAUUAUCGGUUUUCAUUCAUCUCGCACUGUUUGAUUCGGGCUUAAGCGCUUUCCGCGCCGCUCGGCAACUUUUCGAACACGUAGACGCGUAUUGGCGCAUCGCUGAACUUCAUUUGAAUUUACUCUUCGAGGUGUUGCUCUCGCCACAGUCGAAACUUCCUAGGCAUUUGCACUGCUUCGCAUUGCAGUGCACAAUACGGCAUUUGUUGACUUCUGCGGCACUCAGUGAAGGCCGCGGUUAAAGCGCUGCAGUGUAAAUCAUUGGGGAGCACCCGUGGGAUUUUUUUAUUUGCAUAUCAAGAGGCCAUGCACAGCUUUUACUGCAGGAAGCACGUGAGCGCUAGUAACUUCGAACACAGUGCCGAAGAGUGUCAAUAUGAGCGCGUUGUGAAGCUUAUUUUAGGGUACUCUCACUGGCCCGAGACACUAGAAAGGCGCAAGGUGGCUCGCUCUUAGUCUAAGCGUAAUGGCGCCGGGAGGAGUGUCGGGCACGUGCACUAGCAUCAUUGCACAUGAGCCUACCAUGCGUCGACAGCCAAUGGCAGCAAACCUCUCAAAGACUGUACAAAUUUUCGACUGCUCAUGCUAGCAAUGUGGACGCCAUACUUUUCAGACAUGCGACCGGGCGAGUGUCUCAGGACAAGAGCAUGCCGCCUGGGUCGUAAACAUUUCUCAGAAGCACAGUGUUUGGAAGCUUUGCGUUUUCACCUGGAUGUUCGCGCCAAUUACAAGCAAUCCUUGAAUACGCCCAUGACCGAAUGGACGCUCGAACUUCGUACCCUGCAAGUACCAGGUCGCAGUGCUCUGUUAUGAUUACUCUUGGCCGUACGGAGAAUUAAACCAAACCUGAAGGCCCGUUUUCUUUAAUAACCAAUCGACCUUGCAUUUGCGUAAUCACGAUGAUACCCAUUGAAGUGAGAAUCGUGCUACGAGUUUUGUAAACAAAAAAAUUAACAUGUGUCUCGAAAAUCGCCUAGGUGCGACAAUAUGAAUACAUAGAUGAGCCAACUGUAAGCGAUGAUGGGGCAAGAGAGACCGUCCGUUGCGUGAGUAAGAGAUCUCCACUACUGAGCCGACAUAGAUCGGCAGCGUUUUUACCGGAACGACUGCAGAGAUAGUUGUCGGGGCGCAAGAAUCAAUGCAGGGAGCUUCACAGUACCUCAAGAUAUUUUUACGACUUUCUUGUGCCUGUAGCACUGUUUCAGCAAAGACUGUCUCCGCUGAAGGUUAAAAGGUAUUUUAUGGCAUGCAAAAAAGAAUAGAGGAAGGUAUUGGUUAGAAAGGACACAAACAUUUUUUCUUCACACACUACAUCUACUGUCCCGAGUCCUUGGCGCUAUUUCCGCUGUGCUGCUUAUCGAAAUAUGACAGUAUUGUUCCGGAACAUUGUGAAUCACGUAACGUCUAGCCGUUAAUCCUGCGAGCACAAGCAGAGCUCCGGGUCGGUAUGUUUUUUAUCUCAGAAAGAAGCUAAUUUUCUUUUAGUACAGUGUUCAUCUGCUCCCACAAUGCCAAGCCGCUUUUCUUAAAAACGUAUAUGUUACGGUUGGUGAGGUAUGCUACGUUGCCAUGACAUAAAUACCAUCCCUUGUGAUCUCUAUCAAAAUCUUUACUGAAGAGUAGCAAUAAGCACAGGGCAUUCAUUUUUUCAGAUGUCGCCUAUAUUCUGUGCUACGUUGAUGGAACACCACUUGUGAACAAUACCGUCGCCUGCGAAAACUGUGAGUUAACGUACUUUAAAAUAGUGAAAGUAAGAAAUUUCGCUACACCUUGGCGAAUGUGUGCUUUGGCCCAUGCGCAGACACUCACAUCCUGGCACUCCGUGCGGCAGUUACCAGGGUUGAAUGUCGGGGAAGGAACACUGAAAGGGCGUUAUUAAUUGGCAAUUACUAUCAAAUUGUUUCUUGUGUGUGUCGCAAUAGCUCAAGAAGAAGCCAUAGCUGAAGGAUGCCUACCGAUACGGUUGAGUUUGGCGCAUAGCUACAUUUUAUAGUAGAAUGCUUGUGCCAGUGUGGAGUGGGAGGAGGCAGGGGCUUGCAUACUUGUCUGGUCCAGCUCACAAGGGAAGAAAGAGGUCUUGUAACCCGUAUUACAAGCAACUGCAUGUGGUAGUGUCUGCUCUUAAAGCUGUCCUGAAAUAAACAAAUCUUUCCGUGGCAGCUUAUCCAGCACCUGUCUUCUUCAUAAGGCGUAAAGCGACUUGGCAAUUGGUUCAAAGAAAGUUUUCUUGAUGUUUUAAACUUUCUGCGUGGAUCGUAAGCUUCUCCUCCUAUGCUGUUGUACAGGUGAGAGCGCUGCCGAAGGACAAAUUCUGUUUUUAGGGUUGGGAACUAACGACAUAAAACAAUCGUCGCAAAAUUCAACAGAUUAAGGCAGUAUAUGAUGUUAAUGCACUUAAGGGUCUCCAGUGAACGAAUAAAAAUGUGAAUGCUGGUCUAAUAA